AUGCCUUCUCCAUUCGGGUCUACCUUUGCCUCUGCUGCUGCUAGCACGAAUGGUGACGUUUCUGGGAAUAGAAGGGACACCGCGGGCUCAAGUGACUGGUCUCGAAGCCGUCUCAACGGCGCCCCGCAAACCUUCCGCAGAGUCUCUCAAGCAACCACCCACUCACAGACACAACCACAGACUCGAGAAAACGCGAGUGUAGCAUCGUCCACUGUCAACAACGGCGGUGUCUACAUUCCUCCUCACCUCAACUCCGCCAACCCUUCCAUGCCCCGAAACCCCCCUCUUGGCGACGCCCGCUACUCCAAAGACCAACUUCUGCACAUUUUCCAAAGUCUCAAAGACUCCUCGGCUCUGGAUCGGAACCUUGAAGAUAUCUUUUUGGGCAACUGGAAUCCAUUAGACAGUCAAAACGGGGCGGGCAGUCACGUAGCCGGCGGUGACGGCAAAGACCAGACCCCCGGGCCAGAGGUGUGUUGGAGCUACAACAUAAAUCCCGAGCCGUUUGGUUUAAGAGGCAUGACAGAGGAGGAGAGAGUGCUGUUUUCCGGUUCAAUCAAUUCGCCAAUCAAACCUCAGCAAAAUACCUCGAAAGAAAGCACCGGAGUGGGAGUCAUCGGUGGGCGCAAGGCUUCUCUAUCAAACUAUAACAGCACGACGGGGACGUCGAGACCCGGAACGCGUCGCCGGGAGACGAGUGAAUCCUUCAUGAGUAAUGGACCCUUGUCACCCGUAGAAACAAAGACCUUUUUCCGAUCCGAAUCGAACACUGCAACUCCUCCACCAGCUCUGCUGCGACGUCGAACCGACUACAAGGAAGAAGAAGCCACACCGACUACCAAAGAAGACCCUGAGCCGGACGAAACCCCAGAGUCCCACCCCUCGUUCCCAGGACUGCGCCGAGCAGGCACUGGUCCUCUAAGCGCAGGCUUGAAUCCUCCGUCCGCGUCGCCCUGGUCAGCCGGAGCGCAAGGGUCAGCUUUUGGAUCUAUGGGUACUUUUGGCAGCUUUGCGAUAGGGGCUGCAAGCACGCCAACCGACUCUGGCGACAAGCGACCUGGCUUUGGCAGCGCACGCAGUGCGAGUCGAUUCAAGGAUCUUUUGUCCAAGUCGAGCUCGGAGGACGUCUCCCAACCUGGAAAAGACAAGGGUCUAUUUGGAGCGCUGGAGAAGCUGCCGGAAGAGGAUGCGGAUCCCAGCCAGGCGAAGUUGCGCGACGAGCUCAAAACCCGUCCCGGUCGUAGUGAGACCAACCCAUAUGAGGACGCACCAAUGCGGGCAGGCAGCGCAGCUCUGGGUGGUGCCCAGGAGGUCAUUCCAGCCAGCGCCGGCAUCGAACAAAUGGGCAUGUCCGCAUUCGGCCCUCACGCAGCGAUUGGCACUCGGGAUUUCGGCCACGAUGAAGGAUACCAGCAGACCCCCCACGGGCGAUACAAUCUCCAUGAACCCAUGAGCCCAACGAACACCAACCCAUACCAAAGUCCGCACGGCCGUGUUGUUGAAGAUGAUGAACGUGACACAAAUGACUCUGCGUCCCAAGCUUCGGGUCUCCCACCCUUUGGCGGUGCUGCCCGUCGGACCAUGUAUCCUCCCUCUGACGAUCGAAGUCAUUCAGCAAGUGGUCUCCGGAGCGCCAGUGGGUUUGGUGGUCUGCCGGGCUUUGGUGGGUUAGGUGGUGGGCUAGGUGGCAAUCCUACUUGGUCCGGCGCUGGUAUUGGAUCGACCAAACCCGCAAUGGAUCGAGGGAUCUCGUCCGCAUUUGGUGAUCCCAUAUUCAGUCCUCUAUCCGAAUUACAGUCACCGGGCGGCCUCGGAGGCGGUUUCGGUGGAUUUGGCUCUGGGGGACGGGCUGCCCGGCUUGGAGCCAUGUUGCCUGCGGCAAUGCAGGAACAAAUUCGAGGCGAUAGCAGAAACGAGACCGCAUCUUUUGACUCUCGCCCAGACAGUGCUCAGCAACAUCCUAUGCGCGACCCCUUCGACAGCACGAACCGUAGACCAGAUGAGUAUGGUCAUCCAUCUAGUCUCUUCGAAGACUCUCCUCCAAUGAGGAGUGUUGAAGAACCUCUCAGUUCCAUCCAGCCUGGUCAAUUUGGACCUCCAAGCUCGGGGCCCCCGACGACUUCAGUGUCAAUAUCUGGUUCAGCUUCGCAGACGGCACCACCGAGAACGGGCGGAUCGGAUAACUAUCAAUCCGGCCAUGGUCUCAGCCAAUCGAGCGGAAGCAACUCUUCAAGUCAAUUGCCAGCUACACAACAGCGACAAAUGGUUAUGCCAGACCGGAUGCGCUGGAUCUACCGUGACCCUCAAGGAAAUACCCAGGGACCCUGGUCAGGUCUGGAGAUGCACGACUGGUUCAAGGCCGGUUUCUUCACCGCCGAACUACAGGUGAAGAAGCUCGAGGAUGCCGAGUUUGAGCCCCUUGCUCAGCUUGUGAGGCGCAUAGGUAACUCCCGCGAGCCUUUCUUGGUACCUCAAAUCGGUGUUCCCCACGGCCCUCCUACCGCUGGCCCAGGAAACAACUGGGCCAACCCGUCUAUGGGAGGAUCUGCUGGCGGUACUGCCCAGCCACCCUUUGCUAACAGCUUCCCAAGCUUUGGCACAACGUUGACCGCUGAACAACAGAACGCCCUAGAAAGACGUAAGCAAGAAGAGCAGUAUCUGAUGGCAAGACAGAAGGAGCACCUGGCGCAACAGCAGAUGGCUAUGAAGAUGCAGAUGCAAAACGGGAUGCAUUCCUUGCACCAUCAUUCGAGCGCCCACUCUCUGCAGAGCCAACCCAGCUUCGGAAGCAUCACUUCGCCUACAGGUUAUCAGCCUUCGCCCAUCCAGCCGUUGAUGCAACCUCCCCAGCAAAAUCUGCCGUUCGCCCACCAUGCAGGACCCUCUGCGGGGCCAGCCUUUGGCCGCGAAGAUGACAUUCAUAACAUGAUGGACCGUUUGAGCUUCAAUCAACGUGCAAAUCUACCGUUCACAAGCGCCCCUUUAGGUCCACCACCACCACCAGAGGUUGCCCCCUCCUCCCAACAAGUCAACACUAUGCUGCAAGAUAGGGCUCGACUGCAACAACAACAACAGCAGCAGCAACAAGGCGACAUGCGCGGCCAUCAGGACACUUUUUUAGGCCCACAGGGCCGCAACGAGCGGCUGGACGAGUUUCACAGACUACGUGGACAAAUCGACAUACCAGCCGGUCGUCUCGGCCCUGAAGAGCCUCGACCUCAACCCAUUGGUGCACCUCGCCAAGUUAGUGAGCAACCUGCCGCGGCGGCACCACCAAAAGUUCCGGCCCCAAUUGGACACGCUGCCGUUACUGCUAAACCAGAGCCAGAGCCGCUUUCUUUAGCCCAACAAGUGCAGAUUGCAGCAGCCAGCCAACAGGCGGCUGCUGAAGAAAGUGCGUGGGCCAAGAAAGACGCGCCGGUCGAAGCGCCUCCUGUCUCGAUUUCACCUUUGCCCGCCCCUGCCGCUCAGCGCAAUAGGCAACACGUUGCUGACGCACUAGCCGCGGAGUCCCGAUCGGCAACUCAAACACCCAUCGAGACGCCUGUUGUUUCCGUUGCACCGUGGGCUGAGCGCACUGCCGAGCAUGCCAAAGGACCGUCUUUGAAGGAAAUUCAAGAAGCUGAAGCUAAACGCGCUGCGGAACAGGAAGCAAUCGCUGCAGCAGCUCGGCGGGAACAGGCCGAGCAGGAAAGAUUGGCCCAAUCCCAGGCUCCAGCUCCAGCCCCAGGUCUUCCGUCAACCUCAACGUGGGGCAGCUCUGUAUCUCCUGUGACGCCUGGCACUCAAACCACUUCUGUCUGGGCGAAGCAAACCCCUGCCAAAACAGGUGCUGGGGCGAGUGCACCUCCUAAGAAGACGCUGGCGCAAAUCCAGAAAGAGGAAGAGUCUCGCAAACAGCGCGCUGCCGCUGCCGCUGCCGCGGCAGCCAGCGUACAGAAUGCUGGUAAUCCAACCAGUGGUUCAGCCGGCAAGAGAUAUGCUGAACUUGCUGGCAAAGCGGCUCCAGCUAAUCCCGGUUCGGCGGGCGGCGUCUGGACGACAGUAGGCUCGGGUGGUAAGGCCAAGGCCCCGCCUGCUGUUGUUGCAACACCUCAGCCAGUUUCCCGAACAGUGUCGGCGAGCAGUGCACCCAAGACACGACCAAGUCUCCAAACGCCUCGAAGUAACACCCUCAGCAACCAGAGCAAAGCCAACGAAGAAUUUACCAAGUGGAUCAAAGGGUCGCUCGGGAAGGGGUUGAACAGCGGUAUCAACUUGGACAAUUUCGUGCAAGAUCUGCUGCAGCUCCCACCCGAUGUCGAAAUCAUAUCAGAUAGUGUCUAUGCGAGUUCGCAGACCCUUGAUGGACGCCGCUUUGCAGAGGAGUUUGUUCGGCGCCGGAAGCUUGCCGAUAAGGGCGUGGUGGAGCCUGCCACUGGAGUUCAGCCGAUGAUGGGAAUCGGUGGAGGUGCAGACACUAAGAGUGCCGGGGCAGCGGGAGGCGGAUGGAGCGAGGUUGCUAAGAAGGGCCCGGCAAAUGCCAGUGGUGCGAAGGAGGAGAGCAAUGCGCAGUUCAAGGUUGUUGCCACGAAGAAGAAGGGGAAGAGAUGA